GAGAUCCUAUCACAUGACCCGCCGCUCGUUCCUCCGGCAGUGAGCGACAGAGCGCUCGCUCUCCCACCACAGACGUGCGUGCGGCGCGUCCUGAAGAUGUAAGCCGACGCCUUUCUAUUUUACUUUGCCAUUAACCGAAAGAUUUGGAUGUCGCCUAUUACCGAUAUCUAUCAAACGUAUUGAUAAAGGAUACAGACCGCGACGGAGCCAGGACGAGCCACGGAGCCACAAUGCCGGAGGAAAAAGUGUUUCAGCAGCAGGCCAUCCACAGCCCGCUGGAGCAGCAGAGGCAGAAGCCGGGCGGAGGCGGAGGCGGAGGCGGAGGCCCCAUCCCCUGUCAGAACUGCGGCAAGCCGUGCAAGGGGGAGGUGCUGCGAGUCCAGAACAAGCACUUCCACAUCAAAUGCUUCGUCUGUAAAGUGUGCGGCAGUGACCUGGCCCAGGGCGGCUUCUUCGUGCGCCAGGGGGACUACAUCUGCACGCUGGACUACCAGCGGCUCUACGGCACGCGCUGCUUCAGCUGCCAGGAGUUCAUCGAAGGGGAGGUGGUGUCCGCCCUCGGCAAGACCUACCACCCCCGCUGCUUCGUCUGCGCCAGCUGCAAUGGCACCAAACCCACUCCAUCAUCACCCACCUCCAGCCUCCAACCUGGCAACCCAAGCUGCGACCGGUCAAAAAUGCAGCCCACACCACGACUCCCGCUCAGCAUCACAGACUCAUCCAUCCUCCCUUACACUGCCUCGUGGGAGAUCAAGCUCAAACUCCUCGCUCCCCACGCUGCCGGAGAGAAGCACUACCACCCCACGUGUGCCCGCUGUGCCCGCUGUGAGCAGAUGUUUGGGGAGGGAGAGGAGAUGUACCUGCAAGGCUCCACUAUCUGGCACCCUCCCUGCAGACAAGCGGCCAAGCAGGAGGAGAAGAGCAAGAAGCAGGUACGGAUACAGUUCAAUGACGUCCCCGAGCAACAGGUUGGGCCAGAGGUGUCCCUCGGUGGUCGAUACAGUGGCCAGGCCUGUGACUCCAACUCCCUACGUUUGCCUCCAUCCAUCAUGGGAGGUGCUAAGUGUCCCCCAACCUGGCCAAGGGACUCCUCCUCUCUCCCAAUAUGCUACUCUCCUGGGGGAGAAGGCGGUGGUGCUGCUGCUGCUGCUGCUGGUGCUGGUGGUGGUGGCGGCAAGUACUCGCCUUUACCACCAGGGAGCAGCGCAGGCAUGUCUGUCCACCUCAACCCCACCACCCUCGCCCUGCUCCAGCAGCACAACUACAUCCCCUACUUCAGAGGGUUCAGACAAGACCCCCUACCUGACCUUAAACCUAGGACUGCCCUGCAUCUCAGUUUACCUCCUCCUAACGGUAGUGAAAGUGGUCGGAGUACCCCCAGUUUAUCGACGUACUCAGACGGCAAAGCCCCUUCCUCAGCUUCUACGUACGUGGCUGCUCCCCGGCAUUUCCACAUACCAGAGACUAAGGUCAAAGAUAAUAUCUAUAGAAAACCCCCCAUCUACAAACAGCAUGCCUCUAGAACAUCCUGGCAGGAUGGAGAGGAGGGCAAGAGGACCAGUUGGAUGAUCUUGAAGAACGAGAUCGACGGACAGACGGGUCCAGAGUACCUGGAUCCCCGUAAAUCCACCUGCAGCCUGCCGACGGACACCUCCCAGCCCAACUUCCCCUACAAUAAGUCCGCCUCCCUACCCGGAUAUGGAAGGAACGGCAUAUACAAGACUGCAGAGAUGGCCGACGAUGAUGUGGACCCAGACUCCCACAGCUGGGGAGGCAUGAGAGAGUACAAGGUCUACCCCUAUGAAAUGCUAGCAGUGACCCACAGAGUGAGGGUGAAGCUUCCAAGAGAUGUAGACCGCACCAGGCUGGAGAGACAUCUGUCCCCCGACGACUUCCAGCAGGUGUUCGGGAUGACUCUGGAGCAGUUCGACCGACUGGCCCUCUGGAAGAAGAACGACCUGAAGAAGAAAGCGCGCCUUUUUUAGAAUCAUACUCGCCCCCUCCCCCCGAGCAACGUGGCUACAGCAUCCGUCAGAUGACCGACCCCUUCUGAAAUACCUACAUGCAGCACCAUGACACCACCCUGCACACCUGUAGAACAUCAUGCCAACCUGUCUGAUCAGCACCAUGGUACCACCCUUCACACAUGUAGAACAUCAUGCCAACCUGUCUGAUCAGAACCAUGAUACCAGCCUGCACACCUGUAGAACAUCAUGCCAACCUGUCUGAUCAGCACCAUGGUACCACCCUGCACACAUGUAGAACAUCAUGCCAACCUGUCUGAUCAGCACCAUGGUACCACCCUUCACACCUGUAGAACAUCAUGCCAACCUGUCUGAUCAGCACCAUGAUACUACCCUUCACACCUGUAGAACAUCAUGCCAACCUGUCUGAUCAGCACCAUGGUACCACCCUUCACACCUAUAGAACAUCAUACCAACCUGUCUGAUCAGCACCAUGGUACCACCCUUCACACCUGUAGAACAUCAUGCCAACCUGUCUGAUCAGCACCAUGGUACCACCCUGCACACAUGUAGAACAUCAUGCCAACCUGUCUGAUCAGCACCAUGGUACCACCCUGCACACCUGUAGAACAUCAUGCCAACCUCUCUGACCAACCAGAGUAGCGGCGUUCAGUGGGGACAUGCUCAACCGUGUUCCCGUUUCAGCAACACAAGGCAGCGUCGGUCACCUAGCUUUUCGUGUGCGAUGUGGUCUGAAUGUUCUUUUGACAACCUGACCGAGGAGGCAGAGGGAGCUGCAUCUGCAUGGCCUGCGUCUCUGCUCCUCUGCUCCUCCCCGCCUCUGCCCAAUGUGAAUUCUGCACCACCCCGCAUCCUUCUCAUACCCAACUAGGCAAAAAUAAGAUAAUCAGCUUUUUUCCCCCCUAACGUUUGCGUAGGACUCCAUCGGAGAUUUUGUGGCUUUUGGCUGUUCUGUGUGCAGACCUCGUCUUGUUUUCUGGCUCGACCCUUCUGUUCACCAGCAGUUUGUCUCCUCGGUUUCUCGGUUCUGUUGCCCUGUCCUCCGCUCUCUAUUCGUUGCUUGCCUAAUUCUCAACGUCUCUCUGCAUGUCUGUCUCCAUCUCUCUCACUGCGUUUGUCCUGGCGUCAACUAGCUUAGCGACGAGAAGAAGCAAGCCGCGAGUCCGUGAUCCACGCGACAUGCCGGUUAUUCGAGCUUCUCGCCAGAUGGGGGCGGUGAUGCGACUGACAUGCACGCAUUCAUAUCAUAGAUCAUCGAGACCAAAGACGAGAGACAGGAAACUGGUUUGAGCUUCUGAUCUUUUCUGAUCUCUGACUUCAAAAAAAAAGUUGAAAGCACCUUAUCGUAUACUUUUUACCCCAAUCCCACCCCCACUUUUAUGAAAAGGGGAGAGAUUUGUGUGCGCCUGAUGUGUAGGGAAAGCACUCCUUCAUCUUCCAAAGGAAAGCUGUAAAUCAGCACACGUGAAGCCUCCUCCGAGAGAGCGGGGUUUGGGGGGGUUGGGGAACAUGGCAGGGAUCCACAAAGACAAGGAGGAGUUGCAUAUAGCCGACACACCGAGAGGGCUUCAGGGUGGACGGGCGCGCGCCGUCAAGCGCGUGGCGUUACCAGAGUGGCACGCACUCGCAUCACGAGAGGAAAGUGAACAUUAUUUUUAUAAGCUAUUUUUUUGACGUGCGGAGGGGAUCACCAAGCGGAGGCAAUGAGCAGCGGAGGGGGUCGUAAUGCUGACUUUAUAACGCGCCAUAGUCACUCAUAUUUAGACCUUCGACGGCCACUGAAGUAUAAAAGCCAAGGUCUCAGCCGAUUUAAACGCAGAUACGCUAACUGUGCUACAGCGCCCCCUACAUAUAGAGGCUUAUAUCCCUUUAUAGCGUUUGUAAGCAACAUUGCAUAAAGCUGCACAUGCAUAGCUGGAAAUAUAUCAGCUUUACUUACUUUUGGGACGGCGAAUCAACUUGGCGACUAACCCAAGCUGUAUGUGGACAUGUGCCGGACAUGUAGCGAAUAUAUGUGUCUGGUAGGCCGCUGUACAAGCCACGGCGUACACCUGCCCUCUGGGCGUGCAUGGGAAGGGCAGGAUGGGGUUGUCCAAAAACCUCAGAUUUGAAAUGGAUGGAGGGGAAAAAAAACAACCUUCAUCUGUGUGGUUUCUGCUAUGUUUCUGUUCGACUGGUUUCUGAUUUCCUGUUCCAGUUAUGUCAGAUGAGACGCCCGGGUCAGCUGCUGACAGCAGCCCGUGCUAGAUGUUUAUUUAUUUGCAAUAUUGUGGAAAGGGGUUCUUGUCAUUAGGGGCAAACAGGCGUAGCGCUGAACGACUUGUGCCGAGACAGAUUUAGAAAAUAUAUCAAGUUUUGAUUUCAAUCUCAGUAAACGUAUCGACUCCAGAGUCGCUGCUCCUGUCAGUAACACACUAACUGUAUUACUGCUCCUGUCGUUAAUACAGUUAGUGUGUUACUGCUGCUGUCAGUAACACACUA